ACUCGCCGCUCAGCCACGGCAUCAACGUGUUCGUGGGCAUGGUGCUGUGCUUCACCAUGCUCGGGUUGGGCUGCACGGUGGACGUGAGCCAGCUGGGGGAGCACAUCCGGCGACCUAUAGGUGUGUUGUUGGCUCUGGUGUGCCAGUUUGUCAUCAUGCCCCUGGUUGCCUUUCUGCUUGCUCUGGCCUUCUCUCUGGAUGACGUGGCCGCCAUGGCGGUCCUUCUGUGCGGAUGCUGUCCUGGGGGGAACUUGUCUAACAUCAUGUCUCUGUUGGUCCAUGGAGAGAUGAACCUCAGCAUCAUCAUGACCAUCUCUUCCACGCUGCUGGCAUUGGUCCUGAUGCCAUUGUGCCUAUGGAUCUACAGCCGUGCCUGGAUCAACACACCUGUGGUCAGCCUCAUGCCCUUUGGCGCCAUCAUUCUCACCCUGUGCAGCACGCUCAUCCCCAUUGGCCUCGGUGUGAUGCUGAGAUACCGCUACACGCGUGUAGCUGACACCGUCUUGAAGGCAUCCCUCUGGUCCCUGCUCAUUACCCUCCUCCUGCUCUUCAUCCUAACGGCAGCCAUGCUGGGCCCCGAGCUUAUCUCCACCAUCCCACUGUCGGUCUAUGCCGUGGCCCUCCUGAUGCCCAUGUGUGGCUACGCAGCGGGCUAUGGCCUGGCAGUGCUCUUCGACCUACCACCCAACAGCCGUCGCGCUGUCUCCCUGGAGACAGGUUGCCAAAAUGUGCAGCUGUGCACAGCCAUCCUCAAGCUGGCCUUCCCGCCUCAGCUGAUGGGUGGCAUGUACAUGUUCCCACUGCUCUACGCGCUCUUCCAGGCUGCUGAGGCGGGCGUCUUCAUCCUGGUCUACAGGUUGUACCGAAAGAAGGUGCUGCACAAGGCUGACCCAGUGCGGGAUGGUGAGGACACGGACAUAACAUACCAGAGAUUUCAGGACGAGGAUGUCGACUUUGACGGGUCGUAUGGAGCUGUGACAGUGAGCGACCCCAACACCAUCAUGCUGGACCCCUGUCCUCCGGAUCCUACGCCUGUGUAAAUAUGUCAAAACAAAUGGGAUGAGAGGGGCAGCCACGUUUGUGUGACAUACAUUUUAAAAACAAACAAGACAGGCUGAUGCAUGUUUAUCACUGUUUUAAAAAAACCCUGUUGAAAAAAAAUUUAAUCAUGCGUCACAUCAAGUCUGUGAAUGUAACGGCAAU